GAUGAUUAUAACAUGUGAAGCAUUUCAUUCUAAAAACUAAAAGUUAGCAGUUUGCUAACAGAAAUUCUGUAGUUAUCAAGUGAUUUUAAAAUGGAAGAUAGUGGCAUAGAUAGUGAAGAACCACAUCCAGUACAAAUAUUUGAAGACAAGCAAAAGGUUUCCACAUUUGCCAAAAAUUUUGAAGUACCUGCAAGCCAUAUGGAUGAGCUGGAAGUGGUGUUUAGAGGAAAAAAUGUCGAAGCUAAUAAGGAUGUGGAAAAUUCAAAUCCUACUACAGAUGUACAGGAACAUACAGCUGGUGAAGAUAGUGAAGAUGGUGGUUUAAUAAGACGUCAACCUCCAAACACUUGUCGUGUAUUGCAACGUAAACUGGAGCUGAAAGUUGAGCGAGCCAAACGAAAUUAUUCACAAUAUCAAGAGGAAAAAGUAAAAAAAUCACAAACUGCUACAUUGAUACCUAUUAGCAGACUACCAAUACCAGGUGAUAUAGAGCAACAGAAACUAUUGGUUGACUACAAGUCUGACAGCAAUGAUGAACCAGAAGAAAUUUCAUUUUUCCCUGCCAAACUAAAGAAAUCGAAAAAGCACUCUAAUCCUGAGCUAACAGAUACAUUCAGCAUACAAGAGAUGACAAUCACCUCCGAUUUGGAUUCAGAUGAUUCUCAAAACUUAGAACUAUUGCCUCCAAUGAUGAAGAAAACAUUUCUCGAUAGAAUCAAAAGUUGCUUUGGGUGUGUUUAUGUGAGCUAAUAUCUGUUAGAAAAAAAGAAAUAAAAGGCUUAUUGAGUUAUACGUUUGCUUACUGAGUGCAAAUCUUCUAAAAAGUGGCCAAAAAUUCUAAUAAGAACAUUUAAAUAAUAUAUUAAAUUAGUGAAAUUCUAAAAUAUAUGA